GCUCUGUAUUCAAAAUGGCGGCAGGUGCUGAAUUUUACGUGCGAUACUAUGUUGGUCAUAAAGGCAAAUUUGGCCAUGAAUUUCUCGAAUUUGAGUUCCGUCCUGAUGGAAAAUUACGAUAUGCAAACAACUCCAACUACAAAAAUGACACAAUGAUCAGAAAAGAAGCAUUUGUACAUAAAUCUGUGCUAGAAGAGCUAAAGCGUAUCAUAGAAGACUCCGAGAUCAUGCAAGAAGAUGAUGCUUUGUGGCCAACACCUGAUAGAGUCGGUAGGCAGGAACUGGAGAUUGUGAUAGGAGAUGAACACAUAUCAUUUACCACAUCAAAAAUAGGCUCCCUUGUGGAAGUCAACCAGAGCAAGGAUCCAGAGGGUCUGAGAACUUUCUACUACCUGGUUCAAGAUCUCAAGUGUUUAGUCUUCUCUCUCAUUGGACUACAUUUUAAGAUAAAACCUAUAUAAACAUGGAGCAUAACAACAGAGACAUACAGUCAAACAAUAUGGGUAUAGAAAAAAUGACAUAAAGUCAGUACAAUCUGUGUACAGAAGAGAAGACAGUUUUGUGUUCAAGUCUGCCUCGUCAAGAUCACAUAAAAGUCAGUUGGACAACCAUGGAUAUAUUCACGGACAUUAACUUUAUUGAAUUAUUUGACAUGGAUCUUUUCUACUUCUGAGAUGUUAUAUAAUCAUUGAUAGGAGCUUCUGUUGAUACAUCUUGAUAUUUGGUUUUCUUGUAUAAAGAAAUGAUGUUCAUUUAAAUAUGAUACAGUAGACUUUUAUAAAGAACUCUGUUGUUAUCAUGUACACUAAUGCGUUUUUAUUUCUUGUAUAUACAUGUAUACUUGUAAUUUCUGGAGAUGAUAUGAACAAUAAACAUUUUAUAAGAUACUCAAAAACUUGCUUUCUAGCAAAUUGUAGAGCAAAUUUUCACAACAUUUGCCUAAAUCCUAAGAAUAUUCCUGAACGUUCUCUCAUUAAUAUUUUUAAAACAGGUUUUUCUUUCACUGUAACCUUUAGACAGAAAAUAUAGAAUGCUUGUGGUUAGUUUGAGUAUACUUAGCAAUAGACCAUAAAGUGUACCAAAGAAGUUUUAUGAAGCAAAAUAGUGAUAAAGCAAAUAGAGAUCAGGGUAAUUAUAAAAAUGGGUGAAAACUUAAAAUUACUUUUUAAUAUUACUGAUGAUAUUAAUGAUUAGAUUGAAGUAAAAUUGUUUUGGGGAGUAUUGUUUUCGUUGAGCCACUGUCUGCAUCAAGGCAAGACCAUGCGCAAGGUAAUUUGUUCUUUAGAUUUAGAUUAAUUACCUGGAUAGCAACGGCUGUACUACCAAGCAAGAAAACAAAACCUCUCUACUGAAUUUGCAUUUUUGUACUUUUUAUAAGUUAUAGGAUAUAAUAACGAUCUUAAAUUGAAAA